AUGGCAGGCAUGGAACAUACUUUCGACCAAACGGCGUCAGAAACGAUUGACCUCCUGGAAGCACGAUUGAGGAGAAUUGAGUUUGCAGUCUCGGGCCAAGUGGAGGAUGUACCAAGCUCGGGUAACAAGUCGACAGCGUCCCAACGGCUUGCUGAUCUGGAGCAUUCGCUGCACCAACUGGCCUCAAAGUCGAGAGUUAUUCAAGAGCUGCUGAAACUGCAUGCCAAACAUCCCGAUCUCUUUCAAUCUCUAAGUCCGCAGGAGCUACCGACGACACUGGAUACCGCCACAAUACUAUCCAUCGUCAUGGCAUCCGCAAGCUCUUAUCCCUCCACAUCCUCUCGUCUCACGUCUAUCACGGACGUACCAAUCCCUCCCGCAGAGCUCUCAGCCCAGCUCAUUGAGCUGCAACCACGAAUCGCCAAGGCCGAAGCUGUACAGGCCGCCCAGAAUGCCGAUAUAGCAGAGCUUAGGGAGCGAACCGCUGCUCUGAUUCAGAAGUGGUAUACUACGGAUAUCCUGCGUGUGGGAGAGAAGUGGGCGGAAGUUGAGGGGAGGGUAGAGAAAGCCGAGCAGAGACUAAGGAGAGUUGCGUUGGCGCAAAAGGCUGACUUGCUAUGA